AACAAAUAAGUUGUUAUUAUAAUUUCGACUAUCUGUUCAUUUUGAUUUCUAAUAUCGUUAUCAAUCUGUACGUCAUUUGUGUCGCAAAUAAGGGGCAUUUACCGACACGACCUUUCGAAGAUUCUGCUCCGAACUUGUUUUAUAAGGUUUUUUUACUAAAUAUCGUACUGGUCUUUAUACUAAUCUGAGUCCUUAUUGGUGCAUGGAAAGUAGUCACAGUAUUUAUUAAUCUGUUGGAUUUAUACACAUUUUUCUUAUAUGUUUUUUAAUAUUGCAGAGAUGUUGUUUAUUUUGGUGAUAUCAAUGACUUUAUCCGCGCAAGGAAUUCCUAAGCCAUAUUUAACUAAGCACUUUGAUUACGACACUUUCACGUUCAAAACGAGAAGCGAUUGGGGAUCUAAACCUGCAACUAGUGUCAGACCACUGACUCUGCCUGUUCCUUACGUCAUAAUUCAUCACAGCUACACUCCACCUGCAUGUCAAACGUCAAAUCAAUGCGAGGAAGCCAUGCGGUCAAUGCAGGAGUUCCACCAAGUUACGAGAAAUUGGGUUGACAUCGGUUACAAUUUCGCUGUGGGGGGUGACGGAGUGGUGUACGAAGGUAGAGGAUGGACCAACAUUGGUGCACAUGCUUCUGAAUACAAUUCUGUCAGCAUUGGUAUCGUACUGAUAGGGGAUUGGGUCUCUUCAGUUCCACCAGCCCAUCAGCUUCAAACUGCAAAGAAACUGAUAGCCAAAGGCGUAGAAUUAGGCUACAUUAGUCGUAACUACAAGCUGAUCGGUCAUCGACAGGUUAAAGAAACAGAAUGCCCGGGCCAAGCGCUGUUCAAUGAAAUAUCGACUUGGGAUAGAUUUGAACCUAAUGUCAAAAGAAAAAGUUGAAUGAAAACUAUUAUAGGUUAAAAUUAGUUCUAGUAAUUUAUUAUAUUGUUUCGUUAA